AUGUCUUACAAACGCACCAAUAACGCAGCAGCCACCGAACCGCCGCCGUCGCCGCCCCUUGAUGGGGGCGGUCAUCAGGCGCUGAUCCUAGCUAUAAACAAUACUAAGAGAAUAGCGGAUCUCUUUGGCUACUUGCGAAGGCCUUCAAUACCAAUUAAGAAGAUGCUCGGCCUUCGCCUGAGCAGAAGUACCAAGGGGAAGAGGCAUGGCAAUUGGGGGGCUGAGGAACAUGCCAAGACUUCAGUAUAG